CCAACCUGCUCUUCCACGGAUGUCCGCCACAGGGUCGAGACUGGUUCGACUCGCCAACGCGGCAUCCGGCUCUGAGCUACAGCAUGAGUCUCAGAAGAUUCUGUUAAACAACACUGAGUUUCAGGUUUGCGUACUUCACGCAGAUGACUUGCCCAAGGUACUUCAGGAAAGCGUAUGGGAAAUAUUUGAGCAGAAUAUGUACCAGCUGUAUCUCAAUUCCGCGUCAGGCUGGAAUCGCGACGAGAAAAGAGCAGAAUUUUUCAAUUCUUUAUCUCGUUUCAUCGUUUUGAGUGCGCGAGACACGACGGCUGCGUACGCCAUUUUCAGAUUCGAGUACGAAGAGGGCUUGAAUCUCUUAUAUUGUUACGAACUACAGACACAAAAGUUCUAUCAAAAGAAGGGUCUCGGCAAGUUUCUCAUGAACGCCUUAGAUUCCAUCGCUAGGAAGUGGAAGAUGGACCAGAUCAUGCUUACUGUCUUCAAAGACAAUGUCAACGCUUCUCGGUUUUACAAGGACUUGGGUUUUGGCCUUGACCCUACUUCCCCUACAGAUGAGGACGGGGAAGACUUGGAUGCCGUUGACUACGAAAUUCUUUCCAAGCCAGCAAGAAAAUAA